AUGUCAUUACAGUUAGCAGAUGCUAAGGUUGCAGGGUUGAUUGACCAAACAACUGGAUCAUGGGAUCCCCACAUUUUAGCAGAUAUUUUUCAUCCAAAUGAUAUACCUAGAAUCCUAAGGAUCCCCAUCUCCCCGGGUUAUGAGGAUACUUGGUAUUGGUAUGGAGAUCCUAAUGGAUGCUACUCAGUGAAGAAUGGAUACAGGCUUAUAGUGGGCACCUAUAAUGCUAGCAUGGGUCUUGAUAAAUGGAACGCUCUAUGGCGACUCAAGAUACCACCAAAAUGGAAAAUGUUCCUAUGGAGAGCUAUGAACAAUAUAUUACCCACUAUUAAGAACUUGUUUAUAAAGAGGGUGGAAAUUGAUCCGACAUGCGCAAUGUGUGGUUUAAUGCAUGAGGAUAUAAUGCACUCAUUAGUGUUGUGUGACUAUGCAAAAGCCAUAUGGAGCCAAUCUAACCUUCCAAUCCCCCAAAUUGUGACAAAUGUUUUUUAUGAAUGGUUUGGAACAUUGUUAGAUGUUCUAGAUUCUGAUGUAAUAUUGUUUGCAGCUGCGAUACUAUACAAUAUUUGGAGGGCCCGGAACGAAGCGGUGUGGAAUGCUUAUCUACCAAUGCCCAAGAAAGUGUUAGCCACGGCCUUAGCCGUCAUGAAGGCAUGGCAGCGCCUACAUGCUACUGUCGACCAGCUGAAUGCUGUCCACCAACACCCCACGGUACCGCCGCAAGUUGUGUUACCAGCCAGCUCUGCCGUGUUAUUGCAACAACAGCCGCCACCUCAACAUGCCGAAGAUCAUCUACCCCAACCAAGGCGGUGUCCCAUCGAUGCAGGAUAUCACCCGUCGUCCAUGACGGCCACCGCUGGAGCAGUAUUGUUCACCCACACUGGCGACUAUGUAUCAGCGUUCUCUGCACCUCCGCAAAGUUGCUUCUCACCGCUUAUGGCGGAGGCUAUGGCGUGCAAAGAGCUACUAUCCAGACACGAUCCUAUCUUAGUUACGUCCUGGAAGACUGCAGAACCUAUUUAA